AUACUUAACUGUAACAAAUGUAGAGUAUAUAAAUGGGUCAGUUUAUUAAUCGAAUGCUGUAGAUAAAAUGGAGUCGCUGCGAGCUGUCAUUUUCAUGUCCGCCAUCUUGAAUUUGGUUAACGCUCAAGCAAGUUAUGGCUAUCAACCGAUUGCAUACAGACCUAGCCCUCUUGACAGUAAUAAUAAUCUAAAUGUCCUAAAGGAAUUUAAUAAUACAUUUUGGGACGAUCGCAAAGGUUUAAGUUACAGAUUUAACCCAGAAGUAGAAAUUGAUCUAGCACCAGUGAUCAACUAUGAAAAAGAAAGAAACAGAAUACAAAAACCAGUUCUUAUAAAUCAAAAAAUUUGGAACGAUCAAAAAGGUUUAAGUUACAGAUUUAACCCAGAAGUAGAAAUUGAUCUAGGACCAGUGAUCAACUAUGAAAAAGAAAGAAACAGAAUACAAAAACCAGUCUUUAUAAAUCCAAUCAAUUUAGACGAUACCUUAGGAAGGUAUGACCUGAAAAGUAUUGGCGCAGGUGAUGCUUUAAAAUAUAUUGGUAUACCACAGCUAAACAUACAACAAGCAAGUAUAAAACAUGUAGCAAUACCCAAAAAACUUGGAGCACUGCUUCAAAGUCGAAAAAGAAUCAACAAUUUUAAUGGCGUUGGAAAUAAUUUAGCAAUGCUACCUAAAGAAGUAAACAGUCACAAUCAUAUUUCUAGAACUUCAUUCCAAAUACGACACAGCAAACAAACUAAUUCAGUAUCAGGCAAAGUUGGAUCAACUCAUAUUUCCAAUCCACUGUCUUUAUUGCCACGAGAGGAAAAGUUUGAGGAAAUAGAGAAUACUAACAAAGCAUCUGACCUUAUAAAACAACCUAUAGAUGCAAAUGCAAUUAUCGAACCACCAAAACCAAUUUUGAGAUUCAUGGACGUUCCUAGUAUAUACGGUAUUUCACUUAAAGCUGAUGAACAACCAAAAACCUUUCUUUCUUAUCGUCGACUUAAUGCACCUCUUGAGAAUGAUUCUCAAGUAAAGGGUUUAAGCGCAGGGUUGGAACUCGGAACUAUAGCAGACGUCCAAAAUCAACAAAAAUCAAAACCAAACGAUGCUAACCAAGAUUCAACAAACAUAAAAGAAGACCUCCUAACAGAUUUUAUCAUCAAUAAUUUUCUAUCGAAGGACAUGGCAAAAUUGAUUUCCUCCGCAAAAACGGACGAAGAAAAGAAAAAAGUGAUCAUGGGAAUAAAAAACUACAAAAUGAUGACCCACGCAUUAAUCGACUUUAUACGCUACUCCGAUCCUUUAACUGGUCAUAUCAAUAGUUUGAAGUUGAUCUCUGAAAAUAAACUACCAGGAUCAGGCUUUACUACUUCUACUUUGGAAGAAGUUUUCGAAGAUGAAUCCAAAGCAGCUAGAAGAAAUACAGAGCCCGGUCAAGAAGAACCUGAAAAAGUCGUGAAAGUUCAAGAUAUCAACCACAACGCUGGUUUUCAUGUAAUUCAUGAUCAUAGAAAACAUGGCCCAGACAGUUUAAAACCAGAGAAAGAUGAAAAUAUCAAACGAACUUCUAAAGACCAACCAGUUGAAAAUAUUGGGCAAGUUGUAGAAACACCUUUCGGUUCUGAAAAAAUUGACGAUCGAAAAGAACUAAAUAAUACAAGCAGCGAAUCUUUGGAGAAACCACAGGACAGCGUAGAUAUUGAACCUAAACCUAAAGAAGCCUUCGGUCCUUUACCUCCGAGGAAAACUAAGAAGACCAAGACCCUCCAAAAAAAAGAAUUGGAAACGUUUAUGAAAAGUCUACAGGUACGCAAGAAAAUUGAUGAUGCGUUCUGCGAGAAGCUCAAAACGAACGAAGCUAUAAACGUAAUGGAAAGUAUAAUAAGGGAUUUCAUCGAAGACCUAUCGUAUAGAUUUGAUAAGGACGUGAUUAUGAAUACUGCUGAAUUCUCGGUGAAUAGAAAUCUUCACUACCAGAGAGAUUCGGAACAAGAUUGCUUCUACUACUGAUCUAAAUCUAAAAGAUCUGGCUUUUGAAAUAAAUUUUUAUGUCACUAAA